AUGCCCGAGACAAUUAAUGACGUGAAUACCGUCGACGUACAUGAGCUUCCGCUCCUGGUUGUCUCGCAUAAUCUGACAGUACUACUAAGCGUCGUCCUUCUAACGAGCAUCUUUGUCCUCCUGUUUACGUCGCUGCAUGGCAGAUACUUCUCCUUGCGACAUCUUGCAGGUCGAGUCGUGCGCGCCCAGAUACGAUUCCGUGCUGCAUAUCCAACGCUUUCAACGACCUUUAACUUUGUCGGUUCCUUUGCGUCGAGUGUUAUAUUACUGCUUUGGCUACAACCGAAACUGGACCCAACUCCUUCGGCUACAGCUUCAGAACCUUUAGGUGUUUUUAUAGACAUACCUUGGCCGAAUGGAACGAUCAGCACCUACUGGAUCAAAGAUAAAAAUUCGGUUUAUAAGACCAUGCCUGCUAUCAUGACGGAAGUUGUUAUAAAUGGGUGGUCCAUAGACAUAGAGACCCCUGCUCCGAGUACCACGAUUGGAACAAUGACCGCGACCUUUUUAUGA